CCCGGGGCGGAAGUGAGGUGUCUUCUGAGCGUCGGGACUUCCGGUUGGGCAGAGGAGAAGAGUUGGUGGUUCAGGCUGAGGGGGCGCAGAGUCUUCCGAGGCUGGUGCGCCAGACUUUGGGGAGAUGUUCCGGACUGCCAUCAUGAUGGCUGCCAGCCUGGCCUUAACCUCCGCCGUGAUAGCUCACGCCUAUUACCUGAAGCACCAGUUCUACCCCACCGUGGUGUACCUUACCAAGUCGAGUCCCAGCAUGGCGGUCCUGUACAUUCAGGCUUUUGUCUUGGUGUUCCUGCUCGGCAAAUUCAUGGGCAAAGUGUUUUUUGGACAACUCCGAGCGGCAGAAAUGGAGCAUCUGCUCGAGCGCUCAUGGUACGCCGUGACCGAGACCUGCCUGGCCUUUACCGUCUUCAGGGAUGACUUCAGUCCUCGUUUUGUGGCUCUCUUCACCCUCCUCCUCUUCCUCAAGUGCUUCCAUUGGCUGGCUGAAGACCGGGUGGACUUUAUGGAGAGAAGUCCCAACAUAUCUUGGUUGUUCCAUUUCCGCAUUGUCUCUCUCAUGGUGCUUCUGGCCAUCCUAGAUUUCCUGUUUGUCAGCCACGCUUACCACAGCAUCCUGACCAGGGGGGCUUCCGUCCAGCUGGUCUUUGGCUUUGAGUACGCCAUCCUCAUGACGAUGGUGCUGACAGUCUUCAUCAAAUACCUUCUGCACUCCAUCGACCUCCAGAGUGAGAACCCCUGGGACAACAAGGCCGUCUUCAUGCUCUAUACAGAACUCUUCACGGGUUUCAUCAAGGUCCUCCUCUACAUGGCCUUCAUGACCAUUAUGAUCAAAGUGCACACCUUCCCUCUUUUCGCCAUCCGGCCUAUGUACCUGGCCAUGAGGCAGUUCAAAAAGGCGGUCACCGAUGCGAUCAUGUCUCGCCGAGCGAUCCGCAACAUGAACACGCUGUACCCCGAUGCCACCCCAGAAGAACUGCAGGCCAUGGACAAUGUUUGCAUCAUCUGCCGGGAAGAGAUGGUGAUGGGUGCGAAACGUCUGCCGUGCAAUCACAUAUUCCAUACCAGCUGCCUCCGAUCCUGGUUUCAGCGCCAGCAGACCUGCCCCACCUGCCGGAUGGACGUCCUGCGCGCCUCCCUGCCCACCCAGUCGCAGCCGCCCCCCGAGCAGCCGGAAGGAGGGCAGCAUCCGCCCCCCCAUCAGGCCCCCUUGAUGCCUCAGGCGCCCAACUGUGAGUCCCACUUUGUGAGCGGCUGCUGCUGCUCCACGGAUGAAUCUUCCUCCUCUUUAAAUCUCUUUCAAGGGGGUGGGGGGGACUUCAACUCUCCCCAUUUCCCGGCCAGAUCCCUACAACAACUCUGUGGGAUUCUGGAUGGUAACAAAUCUCCCCCCUCCCAAACUGGGUUGCUGUGUCUCUUGUCCAGGAUGCCUCGAGCUGCUCCAACGCCCCCGAGUGCUUCAGCCCCUCCAAUGGCCCCUCCUGAGACCCCGACUAGCCCUGAAUCGAAUUCCAGUGAAGCCACCACCUCCACCUCCCAGCCAGCGGACAGCACCUCUUCACCAGAUACGUCCCCAGACAAAGCAGAGGGGUCCACGCAGCCCUCCAGCCACGAUGGGGACCCCUCCUCCCCGGAAGAGCCCAACGCAGCUGAGCUGCGGAGACGCCGACUUCAAAAGCUAGAACUGCCUUCUCCUGCCUCUCCUUGAACGAGAGCCGGGCUCCCUGGCCUGCCCUGAUGGACUUUUUUUUUCUCCCCCCCCCCCUCUUCUCUUCCCCCCACCGCCCCAAAUAAAAUGGAAAAAAAACAACAGCGGAUUUAAGAAGACCCAAGCCCCCCCCCCCUCCUCCUCCUCCUCCUCCUCGUGUCAGCAAUCGGAAAUCAGCGGUGGCCUAAAGAAGAAAAAACCCAGAUGUCUUAACUCGGGCCCGCCAAACGCUGAUACGACCAGUUCUGCAGGACUUCAGUGGCGGGGACGACAGGCCACGUUUUAACCUUGGCUUACGCCAUGCAGAGGAAGUAGCCGUUGUCUUCUAUAAUAACGGAGAGCGCGCAAGACUUACCCUGUUGCCACCAGCCUCGCAGCUGCCCAUGGUUUCAGACCGGACGGAGCGUGAGCCAAAACCAGGGUUGGAGGACGAAGGCCUCUGUCUCAUUUGGGGGGGAAAGAGAGAGAGAGAGUGUGUGAGUGUGUGUGUGUGAGAGAGAGAGAGAGAGAGGCACUGUUUAAAAACCGAGUUGGUUCUUAGCUUUGAGGAUUUCUCUUCCAUUUGACAUGGGCAGAGUUUUUUUCUACACCAUAUUUUUGUCCUUUCGAUUUUUUCCCCUUCCCUAGGCUGGACGUGAGCUUGUGUGUGUGUGUCUGCGCACACCCCGAGCGCAUUGCACACCCGUCAUGGUUUUUGGCCAGUCCUUCCUAAGGAAAGCAAGAAAAUGGUCCUUUUUGUGCAAGGAUGAACGAGCGGAACGGAGAAUUUCUAUUUUUGUAAGGGGUCGGGGUGGGUGGGUGGGCGGGAUAGACCAGCGGACGUCUCUCUGGAUCGCUUUUGUCUUGCAAAAGUUUUUCAGUCCUCUUCCUGGCUCCUGGUCCCCACUCCCUGUGCAGCCAGCCUGGGGAGGGGUGAGGAAUGUUGUGGGGGUGUGUGUGGGGGGGAAACAAGGGGGUGUUGCACAGCUUUCUUUCAAUGAAUGAACGAAUGGCCCGGUAAGAUGGAAGCCUCUUUCUCUCUCUAUGGAGCUAAGCAGAUUUGCACCACAGUAAAACCUGUGACUUGAAUCUUU